CCCAUUUUUGACCUCCAUUUGUUUUCCUCUUUCUUAAUAUAAUAAUAGAACUUAUCUCCGUUUUUCUCGUGUCUAUGUAUUUGGACUCCACAGAAAGUCCAAAUUCAAGAAUUUUGCAGGUUUCUCAAUUUCGAGUAAGUUAAUAAAUUCUAGAUUUCCCACUAAUCCUUGUUACAAGAAUUUUGGAGCAAAAGCAAGGAACUUUGUAGCCAUGAAUGCAACAGCAGCCUCUGGUGGUGUUCUUCCCCAAAUGAUGCAGCCCAUUUCCAAUCUUGAAACCUUUACCAAUAAUAACUCUUCCUUGGUGUGCUUUCGGAAUGGAGUAAGAUCACCUUCAUUCAAGGCUUCACAUGACGAGAAACAAAUUUACUGUCAAUCUAAUGAAGCAUCUGCAACUCAAUCUUGUGAAUCAACCACACAGAAAAGCAAUGUCCUGGGAGGUUUGUCUCUUAAAAGUCAUAGGCAAACUGUUGGGAAAACGUUUUGCUCUGCUGGGCCAUAUGCAUAUUCUGGAGGUGCUAUCAAUUACCGAUCACGCACUGCAGAGGAGAAGGUUGGGGUGCUGCUUUUGAAUCUUGGAGGACCAGAGACACUGCAUGAUGUUCAGCCAUUUUUGUACAAUUUGUUUGCUGAUCCAGAUAUCAUACGUCUCCCGCGGUUAUUCAAAUUCCUGCAGCGUCCGUUAGCACAGCUUAUCUCUAUUCUCAGAGCUCCCAAAAGUAAGGAAGGAUAUGCUGCCAUUGGAGGUGGUUCGCCCCUGCGUAAGAUAACAGAUGAGCAGGCGAUUGCUCUGAAAAUGGCAUUAGAAGUAAAAAAGGUCCCUGCAAAUGUCUAUGUUGCAAUGCGUUAUUGGCACCCCUUCACUGAGGAAGCUGUUCAUCGGAUCAAGACUGAUGGAAUCACAAGGCUUGUGGUACUUCCACUUUAUCCUCAAUUUUCUAUCUCUACCACUGGCUCAAGCAUUCGAGUUCUUCAAAGAAUGUUCAGGAAUGAUGCACAUUUGUUGAGUCUGCCUGUUGCUGUUAUCGAGUCCUGGUAUCAACGAGAUGGAUAUGUCAGGUCUAUGGCCGACUUGAUUGAGAAAGAGUUAGCAAAUUUCUCUGAGCCCGAAGAGGUUAUGAUAUUUUUCAGUGCCCAUGGUGUACCAGUUAGUUACAUUGAGGAUGCUGGUGAUCCAUAUAAAGAUCAGAUGGAAGAGUGCAUCCUUUUGAUAAUGCAAGAGUUGAAAGCAAGAGGGACUAAAAAUAACCAUACUUUGGCUUACCAGAGUCGAGUAGGACCUGUACAAUGGCUGAAACCCUAUACUGAUGAAGUCCUUGUUGAACUUGGCCAGAAAGGGGUGAGGUCUUUACUGGCUGUCCCUGUCAGCUUUGUCAGUGAGCACAUUGAGACUCUUGAAGAGAUUGAUAUGGAAUACAAGCACCUUGCUCUUGAGUCGGGCAUUUCAAAUUGGGGUCGCGUUCCUGCUCUGAAUUGCACCCCAUCAUUCAUUAAUGAUCUAGCAGAUGCUGUCAUUGAGGCACUGCCUUCAGCAAUGGCUAUGUCAACCUCAAAUACUGCAUCAGAAGACGAACUUUAUGAUGACCCAAUGAGAUACAUUAUCAGAUUGUUCUUUGGUUCAAUCUUAGCAUUUGUUUUGCUUUUUUCUCCGAAAGUCAUCCUGGCAUUCAGGAAUAACAUUCUCUGAAGGGAACAAAACUAAGAGGCAGAUGACUUUCUGCUUCUCACACAAUGAGUGUAUAUUAGGCUGCAGAUGUUCUGCUCAUAGAGGUGGAUAGGUUUUUGCAGAAAAUUUUGACAUAAAGUUACUUCUACGCUGGGUAAACUAUUAGGCAGGAGAAAGUCCUUUAGAUGUUUACUUCAUCUCUCUUACUUGCAAAGACCACAAUGCUGUAAUGAUAAGUUCAUCAGUUGUGAAUCCAAAAGUUUUGAUAGAAUCAUUCUGAUUGUAGGUAUCAUUUUAAGGUGAAUGUAAAGAGUGGGAGAAGGAAAUUUUCUUUGGCUUUCAAAGAAUGCUGAUCUCAUAUUCUUGUAAA